GUUGUCUGCGGUAUUUUUAAUAAUACUAGCGUCGGUCUGUACUUUCAUAACAAUGAAAUAUGAGGAUUCUAAGACAAAUCGCAUAGUUAUGAAGAUCUUCAGCGCAUUUGACCUUAGAAAGAACGCAAGCGAGCUGAUGUCGGUGAGCAAGGAUGAGAUCAGAGUGAUGCACGGCAUCCGAUUCCUCACCGCCUUCCUGGUGGUGACCCUCCACGUCAUGUUUAUCAAUAUCAUGGCUACUGCUGGCAAUGGAUUGGAUAUGAAUGACGAUUUCAAGCGCUACGCUGGCUUCCUGUCACAUUCCAGUGUUGUCGUGGACACUUACUUCAUGAUGUCUGGCCUUCUGUUGAUGAGAAGCUUUAAGCCGGAGACUGGAAGAUUGAUCAGUCCUAUCAAAUUGAUCAUAAAACGAUAUUUCAGGUUAAUUUGGGUAUUUAUAGUAAUGAUUCUUAUCGUUGUGACCGCGACGCCGGCUCUGUACGGAGGGCCGCUGUGGUCGAAAUACGCACAAGUGGAGCUGGACUCUUGUGAGAAGAAUUGGUGGUUUGGCUUGCUCAUGCUCGGGAAUUACAUCGACAAGGAACAUAUUUGCAUGCAAAUAACAUGGUACAUCCCGGCCGACUACCACAUGGCGGUGGCCUGCACGCUGCUGUACUGGCUGUACCAGAAGAACAAGCGCGGCGGAGUCUGGCUGAGCGCGCUCGUGUCCGGCGCCGCGCUGCUGCUGCCCGCCCUAUAUACCUACUACUACAAACUGCCGGCUAUCACUAUAUUCGAUGUCGAGUAA